UCGCAGACCGACGGGACGCAAUGAUGGUAACCGCUUGUCCUCGCGAGUGAAAUUAUCUAGAAGAGUUUAAGUCGAGCAGAAGCACCCGAGUCCAUCAGACGGGAAUGAAUCAGACGAAGUUUUCCACCGAGGAGUUGCGUUCUCUCCCACCGAGACCACCGGUUUUACCCGCAGCUUCGCCACAGAGACGGUUUGUCAAAUUGGGAAGGAAGACAAGUGAUGGAUCCCAGCAAUCAGCUUCAUCUGUUGGCAGUUCAUCCACCAGCAGGGCAACGGAGGCCGUGGCCGCCAGACAGCCCGGCAAGAGCCGCAUCCAUCGCCAAACUAAUCGCCUCUCGGGCGUCUUUCAUCGCGGCCCCGACUCCAAUGCUGGCUCUAUGGCGCUGACGGCGGGAAUCAGGGCCUCGCUGUCCAUCCAAGCCAGGAAGGGAAGCAUGAUCCCCGCAGAUGCUUCAAGAGCGGACGACCCAUCCGAGCUGUCCAAUCAGAUAACGGCUCCAGGGAUCCUGAAGAUCUUUGGAAACGAGAUCUGCGAGGGAGCUCACUAUAAGAGCGUCCUGGCCACCACGCACUCCAGUGCCAAAGAGCUCGUCAAAGAGGCCCUCGAACGGUAUGGACUGGGCAAGGAGGAGGCAAAGUCCUAUGUUCUGUGCGACACCAUUGGCUCCACCGGAGAACAUCGGUGGAGGACGGAGGGGUUCCGCGUCGUGAGCGACAACGAGAGGCCCCUCAUCCUGCAGUCGCUAUGGAAACCCAGAGAAGGCCUGGCGCGGCGGUUCGAAAUCCAGAGGAGGAGCUCGAUAGAGGAGAAGACAUCCAAAGACAAAGACACCGUCACUGCCGGUAUCAAUGCCCAGGCUCGAAAGCUGCAGAAGAGCCGCUCCAGAGUGACCUCCACCCUCAUAGAGAGGACCGCGGGACGAGGCCACAAACUGUGGAGGAGCAAAAGUGAGAUGGACCUCUUAGAUUCUGACACAGAGGCCAAACAGGACAGUGAUCAUGAUGAAUGUCGCAAGGAUCGAAGCGAGAGUCUGAAUCAAACUUCGGCGCAGAGCUCCGAUGGCCUGGGAAGGAGCCCGGAACAGAACCGCAUUCACGGCCCGGCAGUCCCCGGCAGGGACGGUGGGUCGCAGCCCAAAACAGAGGGCCUCUGUCCACCGAGGCCGAGGGGCGAGCGGGAAGGAGAGGAGUCGGAGAGGGAGGAGACGGAGAGCAGCGACGAUAACACCACACAGUACUCCAUUCACCCUCCUCACGACUGUCCGUACCUGCUGUUGCUGCAGGGCUGCAGCCCGGCACAGGACUUUGUCAUCUACCUACUCGCUGGGCCAAACAUUGCAUUUGGUCGGCAAAGCGAUCAUGACGACGGCACAAAGGCGGACACCCUUCUCUUUGCCACCGACAUCCUCCCGAGGCACUGCCAUUUCCAUCGGCAUGGCGUCGGCGGCCCCACUGUGCUCUGGCCCUGUCCGAACGGCGCGGUCACGAGGAAUGGCGAAGCGCUGAGAAAAGAAGUGCAGCUUGACCCCGGUGACGUCAUCGGGAUGGGACUGCACUACCUGUUUCUGUUCAAGGAUCCCUCCGCCUCGGCACAAAAGGAAGAGGACAAUGCCACUCCUGAGCCCGGCAUGACUGCUGUCCCCUGGAUGCUGGGUCACACUUCCUCUGCCAGCACAACGAGCCAUACCAGAAAAACAGUCCUCUGUGACACCUGCAUCACAACCUCCGUCGACCUCCAGAGCCCUCAAAACACACGCCUUCCCUUUUCAAAAUCACCCGAACGCCACAGCCCGACUCUGGAGUAUGAGAGCGAGGAUGAGGAGCGCAUUGUCAAGGAGAUAGUUGCUAUGGGAAGGACCAGCGUCAAAGACGGACCUCCGCUGACCGUUGCAUUUUUGCUGUGUCUUUGCCUGCAGUAUUCGUCCACAUGUCUUCACACCUCAGACCUGCGCCGGCUGCUGUUGCUCAUUGCGAGCAGAGUUCAGAGGGCUGUGUGGGAGCACACUAAGGACCUAGCUGCAGUUCAGCCUGAAGAUCUCAGCGGUGAAGGCUCAAACCCGGAGGAUCUCCAGGCUCUCGGGCGGCCCGAGGCGAUCUCAGGUCUGCGCCCCCUGGCGGUGUGGAUGUCCAACAGUCUGGAGCUUCUGCAGUUCAUCCAGUGCCAGCUGCCUCUUAUUCUGGAGUGGAGGACCCGAAAAGAGCAGGGACAGGAAGAUGAUGAAAAAGGAACGGACGAUGAUGAGAGCAAGGAGGUGGAGAACUUGGCCCUGGUGGCACUACGUCUGUCCAGUGUCCGUACAGCCAGCGAGGAGACGAUGGCUGUUUUGGAGGAGGUCCUCAUGCUCGCCUUCCAGCAGUGUGUGUACUACAUUACCAAGGUCCUCUACCCCGUCCUGCCGGCCCUUCUGGAUUGCAACCCGUUCAGGGAGAGUCCUGACCUGCAGGCGACCGCCGAGAGUGGUGAGAGCUGUGGACUGCAGGUCCCAGGUGAGAUCCAGCAUCUCGCGGAUGUUCUGACAGAGACCUGGAGACUGCUGCGUGACUGUCAGCUCCAUCCGGAGAUUUCCUUGCAGCUCAUUGGCUACCUCUUCUACUUCAUCAACGCGUCACUCUUCAACUCGCUCAUGGAGAGAGGAUCCGAGCCAGGUUUCUACCAGUGGACCAGAGGCGUACGCAUGCGGGCCAAUCUCGACCUGCUCCUGGACUGGGCUCACGCAGCCGGACUGGGAGACAUGGCCUCAGAACACACACACACACUCUCGUCAGCUAUCAAUCUGCUGGCCACACCUAGAAAGAAUUUACUGCUGACAUCUUGGGUGUCCUUGCGGUCUGACUACCCUGCCCUGAGUCCGGCCCAGCUGAACCACCUGCUGAGUCUUUACAGCCCAGCAUCUCCCUGCAGACACACCUGGACUCCAUCUGUUCACGACCGGGCCGCAGCACACGAAACUGCCGAUAUCCUGGAGAGUUUCGACACCCACCAUCCUCUGGUGCUGCCGGACGAGGGUUACCAGUUCCUACUGGGCAGGCAGGUAACAGAUGCAGCCCUGAGGGAACAGCUGGACAAGCUCAAAGAGUUCAUGGCGGCCCUUUCUGACUCGCGGUCCAAUGAGGUCACAGCUACUGAGGAGGCUAAACUGACUGAGACGGAAGUCCUUUCAAACACAUCGCCCGUUGAGAUGGUCUCAUCCCAGGCUGCUGUCCGUGACCGCCAGUCCCCUUCCACUACCUUUGGUGCCUUACCUCCAUCAACCUCAUCGCCUGCCUCUCCCUCCUCCACCCAACACCCGGACGAGCUCACCUCGUGCGGUGUCCUCCUUUUGUCCCGGAAGCUAAGAGAUCUGGAGCUGCAGACCGGAGAGCCUGGCGACGCGAGGAGGUCGGCUCUGGACCCUUCCUGUCUCCUCACCCCGCCCAACACCCCCCACCUCAUAGAUCCUGUUGAUAAAUGGAUGAAGGGUGACGGUGAGACGCUUCCCUGGUCUUCUAGUGUGGACGCACGUGAUGAAGGCGGAUUAGUGUUUGAAUGUCUCGCUGCACUGGAAGUAGACCGUUUGAAGUCAGACUGCCCCAGUGUGAAGAGGUUUGUCGACUUAAAAGAGGAAGAGGAAGAAGAGGAGGAGGAGGAGGAAGAAGAGGAGGAGGAGGAGGAGGAGGGAGAGGCGGUUGACCAUGUCGAUGACAGUAAUGAUGAGGUUUUUAGCUUGGAGUUGGAGCGAGGUGAACGAGGACUUGGUCUUGCCCUGGUUGACACAAGGGACACUUCCACGAGGGUGAAAGGCAUCUUCGUCCGCACGGUGGUCCCCGACUCCCCUGCAGCCCGGUGUGCAAGGCUGGUACCAGGAGACAGGAUCCUGGCCGUUAAUGGAGUCAGUCUGCUCGGACUGGACUGCCAGAGUGGAAAGGAGCUGAUCCAGUCAUCGGGUGACAGACUGAGGUUACUGGUGGCCCGAUCUGAUUGGAUGGCCGAGGCUCUACAGACCGACUGCUGACGCCAUCUUUUAACCAAGACUGUUAAUGUACCACCAGCGCACUUAAAGAUGACUUUAAGAGCUUAUUUAGCAUUCAAGCUCAGGACAUGGACAUUAACAAAAGGAUAUGUGAUUGUGAAGAUUUAAAAAAGCACUAUAAAAUGAGCUACUUCCUGGUUAAACUGAGCACCAGGUUUGUAGCUGCUCAAUGUAGUUUUUGCAUCUUGUUCAUUUACAUCGUGAUAGCGUGAUAGUAAUUAUUGACGUGUGCACCUGAGGCUGCGUUCCAGAGAGUUUGGUAUGUUUGGGUUCCAAACAUCACUGCUGCUAUUUCUGGUCCAGCCCUCAUUUCAAGCAGUAGAUGACUUCUACGCAGGGGUGUGUGUCAAGACCAACUUAAACUAUUUCAGGUCAAGUCCAACACCAGGUCCAGUCGAUGUGUUAAAAAAUGUUUUAACCGGCCGCCGUCAGCCCAACAGCCUGCAAUUACAGAUAUAUUCGCUGCAACACCAGCAUGAUGUCAAAAGUAACAUGCACCAACUCAGGUGUAACAUCAUUGCCAUUCUUGGAUUUAGAUUUACUUCUUAUCCAUCUUCUGGAUAAAGUCAUUUGAUAUGCGGUGGUUGUUACAUGUUGUUGCUAAAUGGACCAUAAAAAAACAUAUUGUCACUUAUUCUUCCUGGUUGGCUCAUAGUCACAGAAAGUCAGCCAUUUCAUUUUUUUCCUUUAUGGCAGGGUUCAUAGUUUAUUGUAAUUGUUACAUCCUUAUUAUUAUUAAUUACCCACAUGCUUUUUUUAAAGCAGUGUUAAUAGUUAGCUCAUUAGUCUGUUGUUGUUUCAGCAAUAAAUACAUUUUAAUCCUCCAUUGCUGUGAUUUCCAUUCAAUUCUGAAUUUAUUUUUGUCCGGGAACAAAACAGUUAUAACACCUUUAACAUAUAGAUAAUAUAACAGACCCUUUUAUGGGGGGGCAACAUGAUGAUGGUCCGUGCACGAAGUAUAAUUUGUUUUCUAUUGUUCACGUUGUCUAAUGAACAAUGUCAGUUCAUGUGUAUUACCUAAUGUCAUUGGUCUACUUGUGUUAAUGUAUCUGCUGUGUGUGAGUUCGUUGUUCGAUAGCCGAUGCUGCCUAAACGCGGUUGCGCUUUGUCUGUGUUAUUGUCGCAUUAAAUGAACAUGUGCGAUGUAAUUCAAUGUGCGAUGCAAUUCAGCGCACCGAAACGUCAGAUGUUCCAUUAUCCGACUUUAAUAAUGAACAUUGAGUAAAGGGAGUCGAGAGCAGUAAACAGAGACAGCUCGCAUUUAAAGUAAAAGUUGCGCGUUUCCAAACGUGUUUGCUCCAGCGAUCAAUUUAAGGAGAGCUAAUAUUAUAAAUAAUGAACAUAAUGUAACUGCUAUAAAGUCAUAUUUCUGACACUUUCCCAUAAUUGAACGUGAAUAAACUGCCAAU